AACAGGGUGUACCCCGGGGGUAGGAAAAGUCCAUAUAAGUACUGUAGAAAUAGGACACUGUAUCGCAAGCAUGACGGCCACCAUGACGAGAGGGAGAUGGACUCUGUUCGCCAUUUUAAUUACAGCUGUUGCGAGCAAGAAGUCGAUCCUACCAACAGUAUACGACGCUGAGUCGGCGGGUCAGAUCGCCAGCAGUCCACGUACAGACUCGGGCCACACGUCCGGAUUUGUCAAGCGGCAGACUUGCGAGGCCAGUCGCUUCAGGACAAUAGACGGCGUGUGCAACAACAUGAACAACCCCUUGUGGGGCUCCGUCAACCGGAACUUCAGGCGAGUCUUACCGGCGGUGUACAAUGAUGCGAAUGGCACUCCACGCCUCAACACAGCAUCCGGGGUACCUUUGCCGACUGCACGAACGGUCAGCAAUAAUGUCCACUUCGAGCUGAACCGGACGUCAAACCGCCUCAGUGUGAUGGCUAUGCAAUGGGGACAGUUCCUUGACCACGACUUGACGGGUACUCCUGUCACUACAAACAAUGGUGACAAGAUCGAGUGCUGCAAUGCCCUUGAAGACGCGACAACAGAUCCAAGUAACCCUUGUUUCCCGAUUUCCCUGCCAUUCCGAGAUGCCCAUUUCCCCACCAAGGACUGCAUGAACUUUGUCCGCUCCGAGCCAGCUGAAGUAGCCCCCGGAGCUCCCCGGGAACAGAAGAACUCUUUGACUUCAUUCAUCGAUGGUUCCCAGAUCUAUGGUGCCAGUACUGUUGAGACGGCCCAACUCAUUGACCUCACAGGCGGUCUUCUGAAGGUGACGCCAGACAACCUGCUGCCAGCUGGAGAGGAGACAGCGUGCGCCCUUGACCCCGACGACACAGCUGAUUACUGUUUCCUUGCAGGUGAUAGUCGUGUGAACGUCUUCCCUGGUCUCUCUGCACUCCACACCCUCUUCGUCCGCGAACACAAUCGCAUUGCCACGACCUUGGCUUCCCUGCAGCCCUCCUGGUCUCACGAAACUCUCUUCAACGAAGCCAGGAAGAUUGUAGGGGCACAGCUGCAGGUCAUCACGUACAACCAAUGGCUACCGGAAAUCAUCGGAAGGGACGCCAUGACCUUACACGGUCUUACUUCCGGUGACUACUCGUAUGACCAGACCGUCGACCCAAGUCUUGCAAACGUCUUCUCGACGGCGUCGUUCAGAUUUGGACAUACAAUGAUCCCAAAGACUAUGCGUUUUGAAAAUGAUGACGUUUCUUUGACAAAAAUGUACAACAGGCCUUCCUACGUCCGAAAAAACAUUAAUUCCAUCUUUGAAGGCCUUCUUGGUGGAGCGAAUGAGAGAGUUGAUGCAUGGUACUCGGACGAGAUGAGGAACCAUUUGUUUGAAACCACGGCCGAGUCUGGGUUGGACAUCGUGUCUCUCAACAUCCAGAGAGGCCGAGACCAUGGGCUCCCUGCCUAUAACGCCUGGAGACAUUACUGCCAGCUGCCAAAUGUUACUUAUCCCACCAAUAACGUAUUUUCUGGUCGAGCGGGAAGAGACAUAGAAAGGACAUACACUUCCCCUGAUGACAUCGAUCUGUACACAGGGGGCGUCUCCGAAGCUCCAGUUGGCGGUGCCGCUGUUGGGAGCUUGUACAUCUGCUUGCUGGGAGAACAGUUUGCCGAUUUGAAAUAUGGCGACAGUUACUGGUAUGAAACCACAGAUCCAGUUAAGGGAUUCACCACAGAACAAAUUGCCUCCCUUGAGCAAGUAUCUCUGUCCCGUAUCAUCUGUGACAACACCGACAUCAGCAGCAUCCAGACACGCCCUUUCCGCUUGACUGAAGCCAAUAACAACCAGGUUGUUGACUGCAGUUCAACGGCUAUCCCAUCCUUAGAUCUGUCCCUGUGGGGACCCACGGGACAGACUGGGGAAAAUACACCAGACCCACAAGCUCCACAGCCUACACAACCUCCACGCCGACGACCGGAUGGACGACCACCACGACACCCAAAGCCGACAGGAGGAAAACGACCUGGGCGACGCGGCUAAUGGAAACUUACGCUCUGGCAAUUGGCAAUCCCAACAAAAUUUAUUCAAGUCAUUCAAAAGCCACUUUAUUUGUCUGUACAAUCAAAUAUUGGGAUUUAUAUGAGUAUUAUUUUUAUUGAGUUUCUUUUAUUCUUACGCUAAUUACACAGAUAAUGUGUCAAAUGUAACUAUUGUUCUCGCAACCUGAAAUAGAAACACGAAAUAUCGCGAUAAGUAAUUAACGAAGACAGAUGCAUGUGUGCUAAUACUCAUAAAGCGAAAAACAAGCCUUUUAGCCGAUUACGAAUAUAACUUGCAGUGAAGAUUUUGCAAAGAUCGCUUGUCAAGAAAAUACCCAUUUUGCUUGCGAUAAAGCAGUGUUCGAAAUACCUGCCUGCCCGACCGUCCGAGACGGGUUGAUUUCAACUCGGGCUGCCAGAUUUUCAAAUCCCCCUGCCCGACGGUCGGGUUACAUUUCAUAUGUAAAAAUAUUCUAAAUAUUUCCCAAUGAUAAGCACAUGAUGUAUUCGAAUAUAUUUAAUACAAAUCUGGCCUAAAAAGUGUUUGCUAUUUCUUUUCUUGCAUUACUUCAUGUUCAAUGAAUUCGAUUUAAAGUUUUAAUUAAAUUAUCCUGAGAAACAUAUGAUUAUAGUGGGCAGACAGGUUUUGGUCAGGGCUGGCAAGUAUUUCAGCUAGCCAGUCCUGUGGUCUGGCUGAAAAUUUUAGGAGUUUCAUACCCUGGAUAAAGAUCAAGUUUUCAUAACGUGGGUACAUUCCUUAAUUCUAUUUCAAGUGGCGAGAAUUAUAAUCACAAAUACAAUUUCUAGACAGACCUAAAAUAUUGACACCUCAUCAUGGAGCCUCAACACAGCAAAAACAAUUAUCUCGUUAUGUUCGUGAAUCUUCAAAAAUAAACGUUUUACAAAUGUUGA